AGAAACUUUAUUAUUCUCAGUGAAUAUAUUUAAUCUUAAAAAUUAACGUGUGUCCAUUUAAUAAUUAAUAUAAUGCCGCGCAUAAAAGCAUCGCCGAAAAAAUAUGUUAAAACGAAUAACUUAAAUUCGACUAGCAACACUUGGGUCUUUCUUAUGAAAGGAGAUAGUUUAGAAGGCAAAGAUGGAAAUUUGCCAAACGUAGUCAAACUUAGACACCCUGCGUCAAGUCAGCCGGCUAUGUUUGUCUUCAGCCCUGGUGAUCUUACCAUACAAGAGGUUUUAGCAUUUGAUGAAAACAAAAGGUCAUGGUUUAUAGAUGAUAAUGUUAAGUCUGAUGGAAAAAUGCAUCUUUCCACUCCUAUUGAUCCAAUCUUUUUAGUUUUACCAUAUCUAAGAAAGUCACCGCAAAUACAACCUCUCGACCAAUGUUUAUGGGACGAGGAUUAUCCAGAAACACCUCGCUUAGCUCAUUGUCAAAACUUAAAGUUGUCUUUAGUUGCUGAUCGUAAAGGUGAUGAAUCUCUUCAAGCUUUCAAGUACAACGAAGAAAAAACAUUAAAUUGGUUGAAAAAGAAAGUAGAGAGAGUAGCUGAAGUCUUAAAACAGAAAAGUAUUCAUGUAUCACAAGGUGCUUUAAGUGCUACCUAUGUUAAAAGUACUAAAUAUGAAAGCGGUACUGAUUUAGAAUAUUUGAAAUAUGCACAUGGUAUAGUAUCCGAAUAUUUGGCUGAUGAUAUAGCAAAAAAAUUGGCACAAUAUUUAAAUAUACCAGAUGAAGUAGAAAGAAAGCGUAAAUUGAUUAGUCCUAAGGAAGUAUCGGAAGAAAAGAAAUUCAAAAGAGAUACUUUAGAAGAAGAUGUAACUCCACGUACCAAAGCUUUGGAUUUGUCUAAACCAGAAAAGCCUCAGAAAACUCCACCUAUGAGUAAGAAGGAACUCUCUAGACAAAAAGCAGCCAUUGGAUCUAAAAGUAUUACUAGCUUUUUUAAAAAAAAAUGAAUAUUACUAGGGUUACAUAUUAUAAAUAAUUUGAGACUGUAAUAAUAGGUUAUAUAGUACUUGCAUUCCUAUUAAAGUUAUUCCUAAAACUUAUAAAACUACUAAGCCAGGAUGUUAAUAUAUAAUCUAUUUUACAAUGCGUACCAUAAUCAUUAUUUUCCUGUAACAUUGUCUUAUUAUCCAUAGUUACAUAUCUAUAUUUUAAAUUGUUGGAGACUGGUUGUAUAAAACUAUUGUUAGCGAUUUUAAAAAUAAUUCUUGUUUUUAUAAUAUGAUGUAAAUGAUGUGUAAUAUUUUUUAAAGCAACAGAAUGG